AUGGAUCCAGACUGCGCCAUCUGCCACGCUCCGGCCGCCCUCGCCUGCGAAUGCGAGGCCAAGGGCCUAGAGGUCGCCGUCAGGCAAGCCGAGAGCCGCAUGAUGCAGUCGAUAUACAAUGACAUCCGAUCGUGGGUCCGAGCUCAUGCGCAAGACUAUAUCCUCGAAUACUUCCGACUUCUCACAGAGCGACGCAAGGCGGCUCACGCCCAGCAUUUGGAACGCCUAUCCGCCCACGCAUACCAUUAUUACCAUUCCCAGCCGCACCCUAAUGAACUUGCCGCCGCCCAGGCGCAGCUAAAGCGAGGCAUCGACGAAGAUUGGCAGGCGUCGGUACAGCGCUACCCGGAAGUUCUCGAAUACUUUUACAGCUUGGUUGAACUGACCCUUCCCGACGAUAACGAGCAAGCCGUAAAGGACCCGCCUCUCAGCGCCCUUAACGGGGGUCCCCGCAAAGGCGCGCGGCGUGUUGGCGCCGCUACUACCGUGGCGAGUGGACCCAGCCUCACCGCCCAUGAAAGAGACCUACCCAUGGCCGCCCGAGGGCGAACGCCACCCCCGCUCGAGCCCCUGCGCGAGAGGAGGACACCGGCGCCGCGAGAGCGGAGGCAGUCUUACCGGGGACCGCCCCCACCGCCACCGCCACCACCCUCAUACUAUCCGCAGCCUUACUAA